UGUUUACACCAUAAAAUUUGUCUUGUACAACAUUGGUGAGUUACAAGAUAAUUAAUGAGUUUAUAAGGCCACCCCCAUUAUAACAAUUAAUGUUGUUUCAGUUGGGCCUUAUGGAUAUUGAUUUUAAGCCCAAGCCACUAAGUCUAAAGAGGGACAUGCCGCCUCAUCAAACAAAGUCGCAUCCGUAUGAGAUCUAGAGGCCAUGCCGACUCAACGAAGAGGCCAUGCCGCCUCACCAAUAAGACCGAAGGAGUGAAAAUUUAACUAAGUCCGGAAGAGGCCAUGCCGCCUCAUCAAAGAAGAACACGUCCAUCUAGAAUAAAGAAGCACAUGCUAUCUCAAGGAAGGCCCGGUAUGUGAAAAAUAUUCUAAGUAUGAAAAUAUAGGGCCAUGUGGAUGAUUAAGAUGUCCAUGGCCGUGUCAUAUGUGACAGCCAUGGACACGAGACAAGAGGACCUGGGCGCGUGAAAAAUACUAAGUAUGAGGAGGCCAAUGCCUUCCAAAGGAAGAGGCCACAGACAUGAAUAAGAAGUCCAUGGUCGCGAAUAAAGAGGCAAUGCCGCCUCAUGAUCUAAAUCAAAUAACCGAAAAUAUUCUAAGUAUAGGGAAGGACUUGCUGCUUCAUGAGGGAGGCCAUGUCCAUGAUUGAGAGGUCCAUGGGUGCAAACAAGAGGCCAUGCCAUAUGAUAAUUCUGAGGGGCCAUGCCGGCUCACAAGAGGAGCCAUGGACACGAAGGAGAAUGACAUGGGGAUGAAAUAUUAUAUCACUAGAGACUAAGUCCCAAGAGGGCCAUGGACAUGAGUAAGGAAGUCCAUGACCGUGAUAUAUGCGGCAAGCUACAAGAUCCUACGACGGUUUCAAGAGAGGUACCUAGGCAGUUGAGAAGUAACGGCUACUCAUCCCACGUUCAAAGGACACGGCAGCCAUGUUCCGAGGAAGCAGGGAGCAGUUCUUUUUGGAAGUUACUCUAUGACAGUUUCUACGGCGGUUAUCAUCUCAAGGCCUAUAAAUAGGAGGAGGAGUCGACAGAGGAGAGCCCCCGCAAAAAUUACCACUCGACACCACUUGUCAAGUUUUAUCAAUCUUAUCUUUCCCCUGCAAAUUUUUAUCAAUAGUCGUAGAUCUGGAGCUCUCUCAGAACCUCCAUAGGAGUAGGAGUAACUUAAUGUAGAUCUGUCUCGAGAGUCAUGUAAACAUCGAACACCCUCGUUCGAACUGUGUUUGAAGAGGUGUGAACCGUGUUUAGUGAUCGUUGUCCAAAGAAGUCAAAGGUGCAAUCAAUUUAUUUUCAACGCAAGUUUCUCACAGGGAAACACAAUGAUAUUACACAAAUAACUAUCGAUUGAACUGUAAUUUCAUCACCACAAUACCAUCAUUCGACCAUAACUUGGGAACCCUUACUGCAAGUUGUACCCGACAAAUUAAGACAAAGUAAAUAAACUCAGAUCUAGUUUUUGCUAUUGAGUUAUAGGUAUAAAUGCCACUCUUCUAUGGUGUUUUAUCAAACAUGCACCUAUACUAUUUUUUACAUGAAGCAUGCCUCUAUACUUUGCAAAAAUUAUCAAACAUGCCCUUGUGUUAAAAUUUUCAUUGAAAAAAUCGUCAAUCAUGGUUGAACCGUGAUCUAGAGAACCCGACAUUGACAAAUUGGAGGAGAAAUGUCACUUUUGUCCCCUGUUUUAUUUUUCUGGGUGUCGUUGAAGUGAAAUUAUUAGAUUAUUUGGCAAUAAAAAAUAAACAAAAAAAAUUUUAAAGUGAAAUUAAUAAGAAUAUUUUAUACAUUUGUGUCGCCCAAACCAAAGUUUGGUUGUGGUUAAAGGUUUUUUGGAUGAAAAUUUUAACAGAAGGGUAUGUUUGAUCAUUUUUCCAAAGUAGAGGGACGUGUUAGAUGUAAAAACUAGUAGAAUGGCAUGUUUGAUAAAACGACAUAAUAAAAAGGGGCAUAUUAUACGUAUAACCCUUUUGUUAUUAGUUACAAAGUUUUUUUUUAUGUUCAAAGUUUUUCUUUUGAAUGCCCUCAAACUAACUAGGGAUAUGUCAUGCUUAAUUACACCACAGUCCAUGAAGCUUAUUAGGCGCAUAUUCAUCCUACCAAAUCUCUUAUUGAUCUCGUUUAAGCCCUUAAAUAAUUCAGGUAACCACUCUCCAUCACUACGUUACACCACAAUUUAAGUAUUAAGGAUUUCCUUUGAGGCAAAGGUUUAGCUAAUUAUCUUGUUAAGCAAUAUUUGGUUGGUUGUUAUGGUAGGCACAGGCAGCAGCACAUGCGAUGUCGGAUUGUGUGUAUCAAUCCAUCUGCCAAAACAAGCACAAAUACAGGUCAUUGAUUAUCAUGGAUGGUGUCAUUGCUAUGUUAUUAAUCAAGCUCUAAUUAUUUGGAAAGGAAGAUAGUUGCUUCUGAUCCGAAGGUCCCCCAAAAGAUCUCUUCCCUCGCGACUUCGACAUGCACAUGUGAGUUUUCUGACAGGAAGGAGUUAGAACAAGGUGCAGACUAACCCGACUUUGUAUUAACACGCACACGCAGGAUUUUAUGCACCAAUGCUGGAUCAUUCUGGAUGAAUUCUGCAUCACAACAGCAAAACUUUUUCUGAUAUCAUAAUACAGUAGGAACUCUCCUUCCACCCGCCUUGCCCUAAAGAAGAGAAUAAACUAUAAAGGGAGGCAAUCAAAGAUCUUUUUAUCUUCCCCAAUGCUGGAUCUUGAAGGCAUCCCAACACAGAGGAAACACAUCAAUGACACAAGCACAUGGUUGCUCGAUAACAAGAUCAGUUCGGGCACCAACCCAUUAUUAGUUGUAAACUACACUUUUAGGUUCCCUCGAGAAAAUUUGGGUGUUACCAACUCAUUAUUGUACCAAUGAUACAUUCACAUGGGCACCUCGUUCGUGCACCUAACUCAUAAAACCAAGUUAUGAUUCACUUGCUUCCCAAUAAUGAUAAAGACUUGCA